UUCUUAUUUCUAGCCAACCAACCACAAACUGUGAAGUGUGAAGAGUUUCCACUUUCCAUUUCAAGAAUAUAACACUUAUGGGGGCUAUAAAAUCAGCCAUGGGAGAUGCAAUCUUAACAUCGGUAUGGGUCUUCAGCCUCUCAUCACAAAGGAUUAUCUCAUCAGAGAUAUCUUCCUUUCUUGGAUUCAAACCAUUCACACUUCCAUCACUAUUCCUCUCAACAAUCAUAAACUCCAUCAUAGUCUUCACCAUAACCUCCAUUGGAAGGCUCUUAGGUGGUGCAAGCUUCAACCCUUCAUCCACAGUUUCAUCCUACUUCUUAGGCCUAAGGCCAGAUUCAUCACUCUCAUCAUUGGCCAUAAGGUUCCCUGCUCAAGCACUUGGUGGGGCCCUUGGUGCAAAAGGGUUACUUUCUGUCGUGCCCUCACAGUAUAAGAUUUUGCUGAAAGGUCCUUACUUGAAGGUGGAUUUACACACUGGUGCUUUUGCUGAAGGAGCAUUGGUUUUUGCACUUAACUUGGCUAUACUCAUUAUUGUUAUGAAGGGUCCUAAGAAUCCUUUCUUGAAGGUUUAUAUGAUUUCUUUGACAACUUUGACUUUGGCUAUUUGUGGUUCUGGUUACACUGGACCUUCUAUGAACCCUGCAAAUGCAUUUGGUUGGGCUUAUAUGUAUAAUAGGCAUAUGAAUUGGGAGCUGUUUUAUGUCUAUUGGAUUUGCCCUUUUAUUGGGGCAUUUUUUGCUGCUUUGGUUUAUAAGGCUCUGUUUAUGUCACCACCAGAGAAGAAGCAGAAGCAGAAGAAAGCUUGAGACUUGAGACACCACAAUUGAAUCACAGCAAUGCACUAAAUAAAUAAAAGAGAUUCUAAAUUUCUCUUGAUGAAUGUGGCCAUGUGGAGAUUCGGCCUAGCAGUAGAGACUGUGACCCUAUUGGGCCUGCAUGCAGUCUAGCCCAAUAGUUCAUUCAUUGGAAAACUCAUCAUUAGAUUUAGAUCCAGACAUUAAACGACGUCGUUUAAAAGGAUGGCUAAUAAAAUGUUACCCUCUCUCUGUUUGAUCACUCUUGGUCUUCUUCUAUACUAGAUUGAAAGAAACUUGUGGUUGCUGAAGGACUUUAGGAUUCGAUUGUGGCUACAAGGAUUUUGUGUUUUGUCAUAGAGAUUAGUGUUGAUGAAGAAUCUUUUUUCGUCUUUUUACGCAAUGUAUACAUGUUUCUGGAUGAUUAUUACAUCUUUUUGUUUAGCUCGAUUUAACUUUUUUUUAAACCUGAGUCUUUGCUAAGGUUUUCUUCAUUCUACUGUGACUGGUUCAGGGGUUUUCUUUUAUGUUCUAUUUUCAAUGAUGGAAUAAUCUCAAUUUUUCAUACGGAUUUAGAGGUGGUUUAAUGAUUUGUAGAGCUUUUUUUUGUAGU